AUGGCAUUUGAGAAAAAGUCCUUUCGUUGUUCUUUACUGUUUCUCAUUUUUUUUUCGUUUCAUAGAAAAGAUUUCGGUUGCACCACGGAAUCAGUCGAAUUUUUGUUGGCAGUGAGCUGCUUAUGUCAUACAUGUAAAACGUACAAAGAUCGCCUUCAUUCUUGUCUGCACUGCAUAUUCUUUGGCUGCUAUGUGAAAGGUCAUAUACAGGAACAUGCAAAGACAAAGAAGCAUUUCUUAGCUGUUGAUCUUUGUUAUGGAAAUAUUUUGUGCUUCCAAUGUGGAGAUUAUGUAUACGAUAGAGAAUUAUUGGCAGUUGCCAAGGCACAGUGGAGCGAAUCUGCAAAAUCACUAAGCUUUGGAGAAUUUUAUCGAGCAUGGGAACCAACACAAAUAGAGGCAGAUUUAUUGAGGAAACACCCACGCAGAAGGCGUGUCGUAGAAAAUUCCACUAUAGGUUUGAGAGGACUUAUAAACCUUGGAAGUACAUGUUUCAUGAACUGUAUUGUACAGGCUCUCAUCCACACACCGCUAUUAAGAGAUUAUUUUCUUGCUGACCGUCAUCACUGCCCACAACCCAGUCGCUGCUUAGUCUGUGAAGUGUCCCAUCUUUUUCAGGAAUUUUAUUCUGGCAGCAAAGCACCAUUGACGCUUCACAAACUUCUCCAUUUGAUAUGGACACAUGCCAGACAUUUAGCAGGUUACGAACAGCAGGAUGCCCACGAGUUCUUUAUAGCUACACUCGACGUUUUACACAGACAUUGCGAGGCAGCGCCAAUUUUAGUGAAAGAUAAUCCACAUCAUUGUAAUUGUAUCAUUGAUCAAAUUUUUACUGGUGGGCUACAAAGCGACGUGGUUUGUCAGGCUUGCAAUGGAGUGUCAACUACGAUAGAUCCGUUUUGGGAUAUAUCACUGGAUCUGGGUCCAGCAGCUAGUGCGUCAGGUUCCGACACUUCUGGUCCUCCUACCUCAUUGUUAGAUUGUCUGGAAAGGUUCACGCGUGCAGAGCAUUUGGGAUCUAGUGCAAAAAUCAAAUGCAGCAAUUGUCAAACUUAUCAAGAGAGCACCAAGCAGUUGACGAUGAAACAACUUCCUAUUGUGGCCAGUUUUCAUUUAAAAAGAUUCGAGCACUCUAGCAUACAGGAUAAGAAGAUUUCCACGUUCAUCUCGUUUCCAGAACAGUUAGAUAUGACGCCCUUUAUGUCGCAUAGACGAAAUGGUAACAACAACAGUUCGAUGAUGGAUGGACUGCCAAAGAAUGGAGAAGACAUGGCAUUCAGCGACAACAGAUACUCGUUGUUCGCAGUAAUAAAUCACGAAGGUUCUUUGGAGACUGGACACUACACUGCCUUUAUACGGCAGCAAAGAGAUCAAUGGUUUAAAUGCGACGAUCAUUUAAUCACGAGAGCAAGAUUAAAAGAUGUCUUAACUAGUGAGGGGUAUCUUCUUUUUUAUCAUAAACAAAUUUUGGAGUACGGCCGAAACGCCAAGGUGUAAACAUUAGAUCAUGUAAUUAAUUUAUUUAUCACGGCGAAUCAUGGGCGGUAGACUUAAGUUCUUUAGUAUCCUAAGAGAUAUGCAUACGAACAGUUAAUUCCAUUCUGGAAACUGUCUUAUAAAUUUCAUCCGACUUACGCAACUUUGCUUAUCGAUCGGACGUGCAUGAAUUGUGCGACAGAGAAGUACAUAUUU